AUGGCGACCACAUCUGAAGCUCAUGCACUGGGGUAUAACCUCGAAGUGGACUUUGUCAUCCGCUAUGGGUUUGGCGGUUCAGACAAGGCGGAUGCCAUUGAGCAGCUCGAGAAGCUCCUACGGGCUUUAGCAGGCAUCGGACUGCAAACAGAGAUCCGCCAGGGCGACGAGUCGUCCCUCCUUAUCUUCGUCCGUGCUUCUAGCAAGCAGUUGAACCGGGCAGUCUAUCGGUCGCGAGUUCGAGAUUGGCUCUACGGCAUUCGAAAUGACGAGCCCGAGCAAGGAAAUUCGAUCGAGCCUGAGACGGAGGCUGAACGCCUGCGGGUGAUCUACAACAUGAUCACCCUCCCGAGCCUCGAGGGCGGCGCUGGUAUCACCCCGGAGCACGGCGACUGGAAGAAUGUGCUUUCUAUUUUCCCACUGCACGACGUAAAAACCAACAAUCGAUGGAUGCGUGACUGGAGCCAGAAGACAUUCCUCUCUGAGGACGAUUUGGAUCAGAUUAGGAACAAGUUCGGAGAAAGCGUGGGCUUUUAUUUCUCGUUUCUCCAAUCGUACUUCCGGUUUUUGGUGUUCCCAGCGAUUUUCGGUUUCAGCUGCUGGUUUUUAUUGGGAGGCUAUUCAAUUGUCUAUGCUGCGGGCAAUUCAUUGUGGUGCAUCAUAUUUGUCGAGUAUUGGAAACGCCAGGAGGAAGACCUCAGCUGUCGCUGGGAGACAAAGGGAGUAUCUGCUGUCCAGACCACCAGACGCCAGUUCCAACCCGAGAAAGAAGUUCGAGAUGAGACCACAGGCGAAACCCGUGGUGUAUUCCCGGCAACGAAACGUAUGCAGCGACAGCUUCUCCAGGUCCCAUUUGCCUUGGUUGCGGCCAUUGCCCUCGGCGCAAUUAUUGCGACUUGCUUCGCUAUUGAGAUCUUCAUUUCGGAACUUUACAAUGGCCCCUUCAAAACAUACCUGAUCUUCAUUCCAACAAUCCUGGUUUCUGCGCUCGUUCCUACGAUGAGCGUUGUUUUGAACUCUAUCGCAACGAAGCUGAAUGAUUACGAGAACCACGAGACCAACGAUGGAUAUGAUGUUGCGUUAACCCAGAAGGUUUUCGUGAUCAACUUCAUCACCUCGUAUCUCCCUAUUUUUCUGACAGCAUUUGUUUAUGUGCCGUUUGCCAGCCUGAUUGUGCCAUAUUUGGAUGUCUUCCAGUUGACAGUGCGCCCCUUCGUUUCGAAGGAAGAUUGUGCAACAGAGCACAGAAGCACUCAGUUCCAAAUUGACCCAGCACGCCUUCGCAACCAGGUGAUCUAUUUCACCGUCACAGCACAGAUCGUUGGAUUCGCCAUGGAGACCAUCGUCCCGUACGUGAAGCAGCAUGCACUCCGUAAAUAUAAAGAAUACAACAAGAAGCGCAGUGUUGAACGUACCGGAAAAUCCGACUCCCCCGAGCGCAAGCCUGCUGUGACUUACGACGACCCGGCGGAGGAAGCCGAAUUCUUGAAACGGGUUCGCAACGAACUCGAACUACCCGAGUACGAGGUCACCGAAGAUCUGCGUGAAAUGUGCAUUCAAUUCGGAUACCUAGCUCUCUUCGCUGCUAUUUGGCCUUUGGUACCGGUUUCAUUCCUGAUAAACAACUGGCUUGAACUGCGCUCCGAUUUCUUCAAGAUUUGCAUGGAGUUCCGUCGCCCAACUCCCCUGCGAACCGACACCAUCGGUCCUUGGCUUGACACCCUUGGCUUCUUGUCAUGGCUGGGCAGCAUUACAACUGCUGCACUGCUAUAUAUGUUCAGCGGCAAUACUCAGCAUGGUCCUAACGGCGAGCCGAGAGAUAUCAAGGGCUGGGCUUUGCUCCUUACAAUCUUCUUCGCGGAGCAUCUCUACUUGAUUAUCAAAUACGUCGUGCGUACGGCGAUGUCCAAGAUCGAGCCUCCUAAUGCACGCAAGGCGCGCGCGGAACGGUACUUGGUACGCAAGCGAUAUCUGGAAUCGACGCUCCACACCCCUAUCCAUGAUUCCGAUGAGAAGUCUGCGGAAGGUACGGGAGACGGUCUCUCGCGCUCGGCUCUCGAGGAUGACGCUCGUGAGACAACUCUCCACGACGCCGACCCAGCGGAGCGCUUCUGGAAACGCCAGCAUGGCUGGGACGAGUCUGCCAAGAUCGGCGCGGGGAUUAUCCAGGCUCAGCCUUUGAAGGCGGCUGAUAAGAAGAAGCAAUGA